GAAACUACAUGUAGAAGAAGAAAAGCGGAAGUGUGCAGUGUGUAAACAACGAGUCAUCGAGCUUUAACAAGAAGAAACCGUUCCGCUUGAAGUGUGAAACCGUCAGGUGUUUAAAGUGCGCGUGAAGAACGGUGAUACUUUACUGCGCGUGGCCGCCAUGCCUUACCUGGGCAGCGAGGACGCGGUGAGGGAGCUGAGGAGAGCGCUGUCCAACCCCAACGUCCAGUCCGACCAGCUGCGCUACCGGAACACCGUCCUCAAAGCCAUCAGGGCCAUGUCACAGGGGGUGGAUGUAUCAGACCUGUUCAGUGAGAUGGUGAAAGCCUGUGCCACAGUGGACAUAGUCCAGAAGAAGCUGGUCUAUGUCUUUCUGUGUUCCUAUGCCACUUUGAACCCAGAGCUGUCUCUGCUGGUCAUCAACACACUGAGGAAAGACUGCCAGGACCCGAACCCCAUGGUGCGCAGCCUGGCCCUGAGGAACAUGACCAACCUCAGGUUACCCAGUCUGGUGGAGUACGUGGAGCAGCCUCUGGCAGCAGGACUGAGGGACAGAGCUGCUUGUGUACGACGGGUGGCGGUUCUCGGCUGGGCCAAACUCCAUAAUCUCCAACCCGACGCUGAGAUAGAUGCUGCAGUGGUGAACGAGCUGUAUGGCUUGUUGAGGGACCCAGACCCGGUGGUGAUGGUGAACUGCCUCCGAGCUCUGGAGGAGAUCCUGAAGAAGGAGGGAGGAGUGGCUAUUAAUAAGCCGAUCACCCAUCACCUCCUCAACAGGUUGAAGGAGUCUGAUGUUUGGGGUCAGUGUGAGGUGCUGAGGAUCCUCCAGCGUUACCAUCCCCAGUCAGAGGACGAGCUGUUUGACAUCCUAUCCCUGCUGGACGCCUCUCUGGUCAGCCCCCACCCCCCUGUCAUGGCGGCUACCCUCGGCCUCUUCCUCGGCCUCUGCUCUGGCCUGCCCGCUGUCAGCCUGGCGGCCCUGGAGCGAGUACGUGGACCCCUGCUCGCCGCCUGCGGGAGCACAUCCAGAGAGACGAGGUUCACUGCACUCUGCCACAUCCAGCUGCUGCUGCGUUCCCUCCCUGGCCUGAUGGGGGCACACUACAAGCGUUUCUUCUGCGGCUACGCUGAGCCAGCCUACAUCAAGCAAAGGAAGAUGCAGGUACUGGUUGAGCUGGUUAAUGAUGAAAAUGUAGCAAUGUUACUGGAUGAGUUGAAGGGAUACUGCACUGAUGUCAACCCGGAAACUGCCCAGGCUGCAAUCUCAGCUAUAGGUCGUAUUGGACGGAGCUACAGUGACAGAUGCCUGGAGAUCCUUACUGGGCUGCUUGGGCUCAAACAGGAGCACAUCACUUCUGCGGUGGUGCAGACGAUGUGUGACCUGGUCUGGGUUUGUCCUCAGUGCAGCGACACUGUGUGUUCGGCUCUAGAGGGCUGCGAGGAAAUGCUGCAGGAUAGCCAGGGCAGGCAAGCGUUGCUGUGGUUGCUGGCUGCGUACGGGGAGCGAGUGUCCAGCGCCCCGUACACGUUGGAGGGUUUUAUCGACAGAGUGAGGAGCGAGGCCUCUUUGGGAGUCAAGAUGGAGCUGCUGACGACCACCAUGAGGCUGUUUUUGUGCCGGCCUUCUGAGACACAAGACAUGCUCGGAAGACUGCUGCACUACUGCAUAGAGGAGGAGAUGGACAUGUGCGUGCGUGACCAGGCACUUCUCUACUACCGCCUGUUGCAUUGUGGGAUAGAAGAGACUCAUAAGGUCCUCCAUGGUCAAAGGUCAGACCCUUCUCUGGGCGUUCUGAUUGGCCGCCCCGCGGAGCCCAUCAACCAGUGGGCAUACAGCUUUAACACUCUAGAGCCGCUGAGGCAGGCCGGCGUAGAGACAGAGCCAGCCAGCAGAGGAAGCCCUGAACAUGUGACCUUUGACCCCAAGCCAAACACGGACCUCUCGGACACUCUGAACUGCAGCCAAAUUGAGAAAGUUAAUUUGGCAGGCUCAGACGGUGCCAGUGGGUUUACCUGCUCCUCUGCUAAGGUGCUGGCCCCCCUCAGCUUGUCCCUCUCCCCUGCUCUCAGCCCAGAGGAGUUUGAGCAUCUGUGGAUGCAGCGACAUGCUGAGCAAGGUGCUGAGAAGCUGGAAGAGGAGGAGGAGGAUUAUGUGUGCUUGGAAGAACGCAUCCAAUUCCCCGCCAUACCUCCCUGCUCCCCACAAAGCCUUCAGGCUGCCAUGCAGCUGGUCAACAUCCAGACACUGGCCUUCACGCCACCGCACACACUUCCCUGGAGGGUCUACCUGUACACACACACCCACCACGCACACUAUGGCAGCACACUCGUAAUCGGCGAGCUUCUGUACAUUGGAGAGGCAAGUCGGAGGGUAGCAGCAGUAAAGAAAGGCAUGGAGGAUGGGGAUGUGGUGGAAGGAGAACAGGAAGCUGGGCUAAGCGGGAGAGCGUUGGUGAGAAAAGAUGGCAGAGAGGAGGAAGUAGAAGUAACUCUCAAACAGCAACCAAGAGAUGACAACGCUCUGAAGGGCUUCCUCUCCAUCCUCACCACCGUUCUGCACACACUGUCCUCAGAGAGCAGUUAAAUAUGCACGACGCACACAUACAAACACAUUGUACUUCCAGAGAAACCCUCGCUGACCAAACUCAUAACCAUGACUCUAAACAAACAUUGCAAGGCUCAAAUGGGAUUUCAGGAAACCACAGACAGAAGUAUGAUUGGUAAAACCAUUUUCCCUUUGUACAUCUUAAGUUGUAUUAGCUGAAAUAAUUGAAGUGAGAGUGGAGUCUUCACAGGUGUCUGAUGUGAUUUAACGAUACCACAUUUAGUGAAUCAACUUUAGGCUUAACUCUUUUUCACAGUCAUAAUAAAUAGAUGAGGUUAUGUGUGUGUUGUAUCACUGCACACUAUUCAAUGCUCAGUGCUGUUGUUUCCUCUUAAGGACAGAGCUAAUCCUGUUCCUAUGCCCUGAUGGAAGGAACCACCUUCCUCAGUCACAGGAUGCCGAGCUACAGGGGUCCAGUUAUUCUGGCUUUGUUUUAAUGUGUGUACACAGUGAGCUAUUGUCAGAGGCUCCCAGAUGUCUAGACCCACCCUUAAAUCUAGAUCACAUCUCACUGACCUUUGAGUGGGCUCUCAUUAUAAGAGCGGGCCAAAGGUAAAGGUCCACUUCAAAUAAUAAAACACUUGGAUUCCUCCUG